CAGGGAGGGCGACUGCUUCUGUCGUACCUUCCUGUAGCGGGGAGAGAAGUACUGAUUUAGCGUCAAUAUGAGAAGAAGGAAAGGAGGGAUUCUGUUUCAAGCAUACUUCUUAGAGGGGUUAAAUAAACAACGUUCAAAUCGGAUAACCUUAUGGACAUUUUUUUUUGUAAGUGACGGUGAAAUGACACCCCAAAUAAAAAGGGAAGCAAAGUGAGAGGUCUAUGUUUCAUACCGGUACUAUUUCCUUGACGCAGCGAUGUCAUCGUUAGAUAACUUUUAGGUAAAUGUCACUGUUGAGGCUGGCAACGUUAUGAAGCGGUACUUCGGAAACUUUGAAAACAGGCACGAAAAAGUGUGACACUGUCUCCGGCCUCUUCAGCCGGAUUGGGCAUUCAUCGUCAUCCGUGAAGUUUCUGAUUGUCUUCCUUUUACAUCCCCCCGAGGAAGAACAUGUCGAAUGCUGCCCACGUCUCUAAAGUGAGGUGCCUGUACAAGAGGAUACUGUUGCUGCACAGGUUUCUGCCCUUAGACCUCAAGGCUCUGGGGGAUCAGUACGUCAAAGACGAAUUCAAAAGGCACAAAACCGCCCCUCCAGAGGGAGUCAAAUGUUUUAUGGAGGAAUGGGAGGCUUAUAAGGACACAUUACAGACUCAGCUAAUGGGGGCUGCAAAUCAAAAAACAAGUAUAACAGCUGUCGGGGCUGAACUUACAGAAGAGAAACUUCGCCAUUUUCAGGAGGAACAGGUCGUCCAACUGUAUGAACUAAUGCAGGAAGCAACAAAACCCAACCAGCAGUUCAGCAUUCAAGAUGAUAGCCCGAACAAGUAGAGGCUGAGACGCACACUUGAGAUGCUGUGUUCCUUAUAGAGCAGAAUGUGUCAUUUGAGCCCAGGAUAAAGGUUUCCUGCUUUGAAAUGUCUUUAAGUGGGGGCACUUUUGUACAUUUUCUGCUUAAUUGUUACCAUUAAAAUGUGGAAUUAAAUUGAAGUAUGCUGAAAGGCUGUUGAAAUACAA